AUGAAGACCUCUCAGUGCCAAACCAGAGUAUCUCAGAGCGGCAGCGCGAGCUACAUGAGCAGCCUCAGCACCCGCGCAAUGAACCCGCUCAGCAGCGCGAGCCUCAUCCUCCUUGUUCUACUCAUCUCAGCGAUACCCAUCUGCAAAAGUUCUCCAAUACAACAGCAGAGAGCAACACUAGACCAGUACCAGCUGCUCAACCAGCUAGAAGAUGUGUGCUCAUCCUACCUUUCUGCAGACCUGCCAUUUCGGAUACCCAAUGUUUUAGGAGAACUCUGUGUGUUGAUGCCUGUACAGAAGUCUAAGAAAGGAUGGGACAAUCCUAGUAAAAGGUUUUUAUUUCAUUAUGUUAAGCAACAAGGUGCUGGCUUAACAGAGGAGGCGUCCCCUGUGAUGCACCCUCUCCUGCAGCUAGUUCCUCAACUCCAUACCAGACGAGAGAGAGGAGAGGAGUUUGUAUUCCGCGAUAAUCUCCAGGGACCUGGGGGUAUUCAGAGCAGAGGGUACUUCUUAUAUCGGCCAAGAAAUGGAAGAAGAUCCCGAGAAUUUGAGUAAAUAGUCCCUACUAUACGUUGUACAGACAUGACAUGCUCAGACUGUCCAGAGAACCGAACAGGCACAACCAUCAUAGAGCGGUCCAGACCUCCACCAAAACGAUGUUGAAAGAAUGAAGAAACAAAAUGAAGAACAAAGAACUGAGAGUCUAAGUAAACUAAU